AAUGAAAACCAUCAACAUGUACUUUUCUUGUUUUGGGAACAGUGGGCCACCCUGCAGAUUGAGGAAGGAAUAAAAAAGCAGAAGGCGCUGGCACUCGAGAACUUAAUCUCCACUGGGAUCAUCGAGAGAGAUGAAACCUCCAUGGAAGAGGAGAUUUCCAGCCAGUCCCAAGGAUGCUUCAACUUUGCUGAUGUUAUGUACUUCUCCAAGAAAAGCUGUGAGGCAGUUGCAGAAGAUGAAGUCACCUGAUGGGUCUCCUCUGAGGAGCUGGCGUCCUGGAAUCUCCUCAGCAGAACCAAUGCUAGCUUGCACCAUGUCAGCUGGCAAUUAACUAUUGUGUGGAUCACUGGGAUCCUGAUUUGGUAUUGUCUCCUGUUGCCCUUUCGCAUCUGCUUGGCUGUUUUCAGCAUCCUUUUGCUCAUCUCAGCCACUACAUUAGUAGGACAGUUUCCACAUGGCAGAGUUAAAUGCUGGCUAAGCAACCAGAUUCAGAUGAUAUGUGCUGCAUUGGGUGUUCGAUGUCUGGGUGGUCUUGUUUAUUUCCACAAUGGGGAAAACAGACCACAGAAAGGAGGCAUCUGUGUAGCCAACCACACAUCUCCAUUAGAUGUUCUAAUCCUGGCCAGUGAUGGAUGCUAUUCCUUGGUUGGCCAGGCACACGAAGGGCUCCUGGGACUUAUUAAAAAAUCUUGCAUGCAAACCUCUCAGCAUGUUUUGUUUGAACGCUCAGAAAUGAGAGACCGCCAUCUGGUUAGGAAAAAAAUUAGAGAACACAUUGCAGAUAAGACCAAAUUACCCAUUUUAAUUUUCCCAAAAGGUACGUGCAUAAACAACACAUCAGUAAUGAUGUUUAAGAAGGGAAGCUUUGAGGUAGGAGGGACCAUCUAUCCAGUAGCAAUCAAGUAUGAUCCCUGCUUUGGAGAUGCGUUCUGGAACAGCACAAAGUUUUCUAUGCUAACGUAUGCUUUUAAUCUGAUGACCAGCUGGGCUCUCGUCUGUAAUGUGUGGUACCUGCCACCAAUGAUCAAAGAGGAAGAAGAUGAUGCUGUUCACUUUGCCAACAGAGUCAAGGCUCUCAUUGCUGCUCAAGGAGGAAUGUCCGUGCUUCCUUGGGAUGGGGGACUGAAAAGGAAAAAGGUGAAAGAGUCUUUCAAGGAGGAGCAACAGAAAAAGUAUUGUCAGAUAGCAAUAGAGAAUGAAUCUAUGGAAAAUAGUAAUGUUUGUUAAAUGUUAUUUAUUUUAUCUCAUUUUUUUUUACUUAUCUCCACCAGAAAAUGGGCUAAUUUUUAUAUUAAAAGCAACAAAUUUUACUUCUGUCCCUGUAAGAUAUUUUGCAUAUGACACAGCAGGGUAACCAUAAAGGUAUAGUAUUUUGUAUUAAAUAAGUACAUCAUUUUAUAAAUAGGAAGAUUUACAAUAUACUAGUAAAAUUCUCUCUGAUGUUGAAAGAAAAGAAUCUGCAAUAAAAUUACUUAGGUUCAUUAAAAUUCCAUUUUAAAAAUCUUUGCAUUACCCUGAAGACCCUGAAGACUUCUUAACUUGUAAUAAAACACUUCUGUACUCCUAGCCUCUAUUAAUGGCUUGGACUAGCAGUUUUUAAUGUGAGCCACAGUCAUUGUGUUGCUGUACAGAGAAAUCUCCUGAUGUCAGAAGACAUUAAGCAGUUCACCAAAAUAGAUUUUCUGGAUUGCAAGUUGGAGAAGAAGUGUUGGAUGUCAGAGGGAAAGAAGCAGGCACUGACUCUCCCUUCAGUGUCACAAGACCAGAGGUGGCAGUGUUGGAAGUUUCCAGGGUUCUGCUGACAAAGAGCAGAGCAAUGUCCAAGGCAGCACAUCCCUGGUGUCUGGGUGUGUGAUACUGGGAUAAAUUAGUCACAGCCAAGGACUAUGUCACAGAAACACGUAUUUUUAAAUUAUAAUGUGUCUUCUGAUUAUGCUACAUCCCUUUCUGUGUCUUUUUUAAUGCAUUAGUCAAAUUAAA